AUGAACUGUGUUGAUUUAGAAUGCGGUGGUGGACUUGGUUCAUCGGCUGUGAAAAAUUAUGAUGAGGAUAAUAUACGUCUUUCGGAAGAUAAGGAGGGUUAUUCCUGUUUUUCUUCGUCGUAUUCAACAGCCAAUAGUUCAAUUCAUGGCUCUGGUUCUGAUUCUGAUUCCGAAACUGAAAGUGAACGAGUUUUGGAUGCUGAUAGAGCCUCGUCUGUGGUCGGUUCAGAUUGUGUGGUUGAUAUUGAUAAGGAAGUUCCUGAACAUACAAUUUUAACAAUUUUUUCGGGGACAGAGGACAGAGACUGUAGAAUCUGUAAUUUGAGUCUUCAAGACAAGGAGUAUGGUUUGGCUUUGGAGUUAGGGUGUUCUUGUAAGGAUGAUUUGGCUGCAGUGCAUCAGCAUUGUGCAGAUACAUGGUUCAAAAUCAAAGGAAAUAACAUCUGUGAAAUUUGCCAUUCAGUCGCGGAAAAUGUUGACAUCCCACAUGAUAUCGAGUCAAGGUUGCCAACUGGAGUUAUUACUGCAGAAACAAAUGAUGCUGAAGCAUGGCAGCAGAUUACUGCAGCUUUAACAUCACAAGCAGCCGCGAUGCAGGAAUCAUCAAAUCUUGAAACUCGGAGCUUUUUACAACUUACUUUUAUGGCUUUGGUUAUUGUUAUUGUAUUGCUGGUCGUCCUUUUCAUGUGA